AUGAAUGAUGACCGUAACCGUGAAGAGGAUACGAAGACAUUUCAGAUGUGGUUCAAAAUCAAUCAACCGGACGCUGAUUCAUACAACAUAUGUGGUUUAACAGCAGCUGAAUAUUCGAGACUUAAGCACAACGAUAAAUAUGCUUACAAAUUCGUGAAAGAAAUGAUCAACUCUUGCAGAAUAACUGUUCCAGAUAAUGUCAUUAAACACAUCUGGAAGUCUUUCGAUGAUAUGGAUUACUCCAAAAAUAGAAGUAAAGUUUGGGACUAUUUCGCUACGAUUGAUUCCAAUUCUGCGCGAUGCAAAUUUUGCCAGAGUGUUAUAAAAACCUCAGGAAAUACAUCAAAUUUACGUGGACACCUUCAUUCAAAGCACAAACUGUGUAUUCCGACUGAUCUACAAUUAAAUACCAAAAAACGCUCUAUCGCAACAGUUGCACAGGCCUCUAGCACUACUGUCGAAAAUAAAAAAUCAAAAACUGAAACUCAAAUGUCGAGGAAUCCUGUUCUUGACUUGUACAAAAAAGUGAAUUCUUAUGCAGAUGGAGGUGUAGAAGCUGAGAAGCUGACUAAUUCUUUACUUUAUAUGAUGGCAGUUGAUCAUAUGCCACUCCGCUGCGUUGAAAAAAGGGGCUUACAAAAGUUUUUAAAGACCGCAAGACCUCAUUACACUAUGCCCAGUCGCAAAACUAUGACUAAGUUAAUGGUUGACAAAUAUGAUGUCCUAAAAGCAAAAGUCAUGACUGAACUAAAUACAUGCCCAUUUUACUCUAUUACGUGUGAUAUUUGGACUGACAAUUCACAAAAAAGCUACUUGGGUGCAACUGCGCAUUAUUUAUCUGAAGAUAAUUUAGAAAUAAAAAGUAUAAAUCUUUGUGUUAAAGAACUGGAUGUCGAGCAUAACGCAGAAAAUAUAUCAACAGCUUUAUUAUCUAUUUUUGAAACGUUUGACUUGCAAAAAAAUAAAAUAACUGCGGUGAUAAGCGACAGUGCGUCUAAUAUGGUGAAAUCCAUCAAUGACAUUUUUGCACCGGACAAAGACAAACGACUCCCAUGCUUUGCUCAUCGUCUGUCUCAUGUGGUUCCUAAGGCUAUAUCUAAAAUGCCAAAUGUCAAAGCAAUUAUUGAUAAAGUUAAACAUAUUGUCACAGUGACAAGAAAAAGUGUACCUGCUUCUGACGAAUUAAUAAGGCUACAAAAACGUGAUGGAAAAUCAGAAGGAACUGCUCUGAAAUUCCUUCAAAGUGUUGACACAAGGUGGAAUUCCACUUUUGACAUGCUCGAAAGAUUUUUACUUUUAGAAAACUAUGUAUAUCCUGUAACUUCCAAAUGUGGCAAUCCUCCUCCGAUGUUAAGCCACGAAGAAACGUCAAUUCUGAGAGAUCUUGUUCGUUUAAUGCAGCCUAUAAUGAUUAUUAUCACUCAAAUAAGCGGCAAUUCCUAUUUAACAAGUAGUAUCAUUAUACCAGCCAUUGCUGUUGUGGAAAAAGAAGUUAGCAUAUCCAAACCAAAAACAGAAUUUGGAAGCACAUUUAAAGCUCAUCUACUUACUGAACUUGCAAAACAAUUCAAUGAUAUUGAAUCAUUCAAAACAUUAUGCGUUUCAGCUACAACAGCUACUGAGGACUCAAAAGCUGAAUUGUUAAAUAAAAAUAAUAUUUGGCGACAUCAUGAUGAUCUUGUAGCCAAAACAAGUGCGACAGUUUAUACAACGGAUGGAUUGACAUUUGAACUCAAGCAAUACAUUUCUCAACCAGUCAUUCCAAGAGCUGAAAAUCCCCUGAAACAUUGGCAGUUAUUAAAACCUUCUUAUCCAAAUCUUUACAGAGUCGCGAUGGAAUAUUUUUGCGUUGUUGGAACAUCUGUUCCAUGCGAACGGCUUUUUUCUGAAGCUGGAAAAGUAAAGACUGACGAUCGAAAUCGUCUUAGUGGAAUUUGUACAGUGAAUAGUGAAUACGAAGUUUGA